CCGACGGAGGGAGCGAGGGAGGAGCGCAGACGUGGAGUCACCUUCAUGGGGGGAGAGGGGCAGCGCCACGCAAGCGGAGGUGGUGCCGGCGACGACGGGGGCGGUGAGCCGUGGGAGGAGGACGGCGACCCUGGGUCGAGUCGCCGAUCGACGGGGAUGACUAUGUUGACCCCGUGCGAGCUGACAACUUCGUUAAAACAAAGCAGAGAAAAACAAAAUCAAAAAUAAUGGAAAAAAAGGGUCUGCCAAGACUGACCGUGACCAUGAGCGCCGCCGAUGCGGAUCUCGAUCAACACGGCACGGGCAGGCAGGCAGCCGCCCACGGACGACCGCCCUCCACACGCGACGCGAGCCUCGUCCAGCCCGUCGCCGAGGACUCCCUUGUCCCUGGAGAUCUCCACCGCGCCUGCCAUGCCAGCGCCGGUAUAUAACGCCGCCCGCUCCCGCCGCUAAUGGCGCCACCACACCAGACCACCAAAGAUUUAGAACGGUGCUGCAUUUGCAAUCUUGGGACAAAGAGGAACCAUCUCUCAAGCAUGGAAAUGGUAUUGCCAGUCGCGAACGCGACUGCUGCAGCGCUUGCGCGGGUUUCUGCUGUGUUCAAUGCCCCGCUUGCUCGUGCUGUCGUCUUUGGGGUUCAUAUUGAUGGACACUUGGUUGUGGAAGGGCUUCUCAUUGCCGCCAUAUUGUUUCAGCUCUCCAGGAAGAGCUACAAGCCUCCAAAGAAACCACUCACGGAAAGGGAGAUUGAUGAACUCUGUGAUGAGUGGCAACCGGAGCCUCUCUGCCCACCUAUCAAGGAGGGAGCACGGAUUGAGGCACCUACAUUAGAAAGUGCUGCUGGACCACAUACAACUGUUGAUGGAAAAGAAGUUGUAAACUUUGCAUCGGCAAACUACCUUGGUUUGAUUGGCAAUGAAAAGAUAAUUGAUUCCUGUGUUGGCUCAGUUGAGAAAUAUGGCGUUGGAUCAUGCGGACCACGUGGAUUUUAUGGAACAAUUGAUGUGCACCUUGACUGUGAGAGUAAAAUAGCAAAUUUCCUGGGAACUCAAGAUUCAAUCUUGUACUCGUAUGGGAUAUCGACCAUCUUCAGUGUAAUUCCUGCCUUUUGCAAGAAAGGAGAUAUCAUUGUCGCUGACGAGGGUGUUCACUGGGCGGUGCAAAAUGGUUUACAGCUUUCAAGAAGCACUGUAGUUUAUUUCAAGCACAAUGACAUGGCUUCACUCGCAAGCAUUUUGGAAAAACUAACUCAUGGAAACAAACGUACAGAAAAGAUUAGGCGCUAUAUUGUUGUGGAAGCUAUUUACCAGAAUUCUGGCCAAGUCGCUCCCUUGGAUGAGAUAGUUCGUUUGAAGGAGAAAUACCGGUUUCGUGUUAUAUUGGAGGAGAGCCAUUCUUUUGGUGUUCUUGGCAAGUCUGGACGUGGCCUUGCUGAACAUUAUGGAGUUCCUAUUGAAAAAAUAGACAUUAUCACUGCUGGAAUGGGCAAUGCAUUAGCUACCGAUGGUGGGUUCUGUACAGGAAGUGUCAGAGUGGUUGAUCAUCAGCGGCUAAGCAGCUCCGGUUAUGUUUUCUCUGCUUCGCUACCACCAUAUCUUGCUAGUGCAGCAAUUUCUGCUGUAAAUCACUUGGAGGAGAACCCAGCAGUACUUGCAAACCUAAGAUCAAACAUUGCUCUUCUGCAUAAAGAGUUGUCAGAUGUACCAGGGCUCGAGAUUGCUAGUAAUAUCUUGUCACCUAUUGUCUUUCUCAAACUGAAGACACCCACCGGUUCUGCUGUUGCCGACCUGGAACUCCUUGAGGUUAUUGCAGAGAAGGUUUUGAAGGAAGAUUCAGUCUUCAUUGCAGCGACGAAGCGAUCCAGUUUGGACAAGUGUCGUCUCCCCGUUGGAAUCCGCCUAUUUGUGUCAGCUGGUCACACGGAAUCUGACAUCUCCAAAGUAUCUGCAUCCCUGAAGAGGGUUGCAGCAUCACUGCUCCAGUGAGCUGCUGAGUGACUGACAACCUCGCAUCUUGCAUGAUGUGUCCUACGUUUACGUACAUAAUUUGUAUGUUCAUCGAUCUAGCGCAAUUUGUCGUCGUAUUUGCCAGAAUUACAAAUAAAAUUUUGUGAAACAGUUUUAAUUAAAGAUCUGAUAGUUCUGCUGUUCUGUUUACAUUGGCUGAUUUCUUCUGCAGCCUGUCAUUGUUGGACUUCUUACAAUGUGAUGCAAUUUUCACGAGUGAU